AUGGAUCUUUCACGAGACGCUCCCAGUGUAUUUGGGGCUGGCACCAGUGGUGGGGGUGGGGGUGCUUUCAGCAGUGGAAGUGGAGGGGUGGCACAGACAGGUUUUGGAGGAUUCAGCCAGCAACAACAACAAAAUAAACCACCAGGUGGGUUUGGUGCUUCUCCCACUUUUGGUGGAGCUGCUUCCUUUGGAGGACGACCUGCCUUUGGAAGUCCCCCUGCAUUUGGCAGCAGCAGUGUCUUUGGUGGAGGUGCUACAUUCAGCAGUCCUGUAGGUGGCAGCACAUUUGGGUCCUCCCAGACAGCCCAGGGUGGAGGUUUUGCUGCGUUUGCCAAUGCUGGAAGUAGCCCUACAUUUGGAGCCCUGGCCCAGGGGGGGAACACCCCAAGUUUUGGAAGUGCUGCCCAAUCCCAAGCUGCACCCACAUUUGGUGGGUUUGGAAGCCCUCAGGGGCAGCAACAAACAUCCCCCAAUUUUUCUGGAUGGCGCUAAAUGUGAGGUUUUUUAGAACAAGCCUAGAACUUUAUGAAAAGACCAAAGCAAGACUUGAUGGAAAGCAAAAGAAUGAUUUUAAGGAAGCAUAAUCAUAUAUUGUGGAAUUGAAUUAAUAAGAGUCAUUCAGCAAAAAAAAAAAAAAAAAA